GAGGUUGUAGAAGAAGCCUCUGCACUUUGUGCAGUCUUUUGUCUUUUGUGUGAGGAACACGUACAGUAUUUCCGCAGUGUAUUUAAGCAGCGAUAAUCCGAUGCAGAAGCAGUGUCGAUAAUUAACUGCCAGUUCUAAGCUAUUGUGUGCUGGGUAACCUUAUGCACUAUGCUACAUCAAGAUACCUUAUACUGGCUAAGAAGUGCUUCUGAAUAACGGCAUUGCUUUAAGCCACAAAUCAGCAGAGCAACAUCACCUCUCCCUCUGAUCUUCAGGACAUCAGAAUGGCCCCGCCUACGCUCUACAGCAACGCUCUGAGCACUCCCAGUCGCUUCGUCCGCCUUAUAGCCAAUAUUAUUGGAGUGGAGCUGAAAAUAGUGAAUAUAAAAGAAAUUACUAAAGAAAUGCGAACACCGGAAAUGCUCGAGAAAUUCCCGCAGCACAAAAUCCCAGCGCUGGAAGACAAUGGUUUAUUCAUUUCUGAAAGUCGUGCUAUUGCCAUGUACCUCGUCUCGAAGUAUGGAAAGGAUGACUCUCUCUACCCGAAAGACCUCAACAAGCGUGUCCUAGUUGAUCAGAGGCUAUUUUUCGAUGUGGACCUAUACUCCAAAAUUACGCAAGUUUUCGUGCCAAAGUUUCAUGGAAAGCAGAUAGAACCUAAUGACAUUGACAAACCAAAGGAAGGUUUGGAGACCCUGGACCGAAUGCUUGACGGCAAACAGUGGCUGGCGGGGGACAAUGUUACCAUUGUCGAUUACAGUAUUGCUAACUGCCUAUUAUCGCUAGAGCUAAAUCCAGAAUCAGGAGUUGAUCCGAAUAUGUACCCUAACAUCAAGGAGUGGCUUUCACGAGUCGAGACUUCUAAUCCAAAAUAUGUGGAGCACAUCAAAGAAUUCCGUGAGAAUGUGAAGCAGUUACUGCAGCGGAGGAAUACAUAAAUACAGACAGAAGUUAGAAAUGUACCACAUAAUAAACAAUACUCUGUUAAUGUUUUAAUCGAAAAAGACUUUUUUCCUUUUUUCAUUUAACAGUGUUCUGUCUCGUAGUUUAUAAACAAAAAUAAAAUUUGA